AUGGAUAACACAGAUUUAAAAAAUUUAAUUGAUGAUUUAGUACUUAAUCAAAAUUUUCUUGAUUAUUAUGAAUUAAAAUCAUAUCUCCAAAAAUAUAAUGAAAAUAUAAUGGGUGAUGAUAUGGAUUAUUAUUAUCCAUAUUAUAAAAAUGAAAUUUUGAAAUAUCAUGAUAAAAUAAUUUCUAAAAUUAAAGACAAAAUUAAAAAUAAUGAAUAUACAAAGGAAAAAACUAAAUCACAACUUAAACAGUUGAAAGAUUUCAAAAAUAAAGUAUUAACAGAAGAAGAUAUUGAUGAAUUAUAUAAAUUAUAUAAUCAUGAGCCACAAAAACCAAAGGAACAAAAACAAAAGGUGCAAAACACACAGGUCCCUCAGACCAUAAAUGAAGCACAAGCCUUAAUUUAUGAUUCAUUAGUUAAACCAUAUUCAGCCCGACUUUUAAAUGAAGAUCAGCUUUUGGAAUUCAUCCUUCAACAUAAACUCGAAGCGGGAAAGUAUAUCAAACCUUUAUAUACAGCAUAUUUAAAACAAAUGAAUAGAAUACAUCCAGAAUUAAUGAUGGGGGAAUGA